CACUACCGCAAUCUAUUCACGGUCUUUUCUUGUCUUUCCUUUACAAAAUCUCACUGUCUUUUUUCUACUCAAAUCCCCACUCGAACGCCGACCGCCACCAACAACCAACCACCAAUCAACAAACUAAACUAGCCAAGGCCGUCGUCCUCUCGCCGUCAUGUCGGGAGCAGCAUCAGCACCCCACUCCCAAUAUCGCCAACACCACCAGCAGUACCAGCAGGACAACACGCACCCCUCAUAUCCGCAUUCAUCUGAGGAAGAUUUAAAAGCACCCUACGAUGAACUCAUAGACGGCUACUCUGCACCCUACGCCCCCAACUCAGGCCACCAGACGUACACGAUUGGCGGGGCGGCGACACACCCGACAAGCCACCGGCGAGGGAAUUCCCAGCCUAUGAAAAACAUCCCUUUUUCCUCGAAGCAAUCUGAAGAAACCCACGAAACGAUGUCGUCGACGUACCCGCCGCUAACACCUGCGAAGGAGGCUGAUAAGAGGACACUAUGGCAAAAGAUCCUACCGGAGUCGCUUGCAUGUCGGUUAUACCUUGGGGUGGUGCUGGUGGAGACGACAAUAGACCUUGCGAUUGAGGGAGAGCUGUUUCUACGGGUACGGAAGAUCGUCGAGCAGGCGGACGAGGCAGACAACCCGACUGCAACACGGAUGCCGGUGUACCUCAGUAUCUUCGCGCUGGCGCACGUCUUCCAGUUUGUCAUGGCUCUCGACGCCGUCUAUGCCCGUAAUACCCUUCAAUUCAUCUCCCUAGCUAUCUUCAAUGCCCUUUUCCUUUUGUACGCUAUCAUCCAAAUCGGCGAAGUCAAAGAAGCCGUCGCAGGCACUGUCGUCUCUGGCGUCUCAAAUGUACCCGUCAACGUCCUCACCACCAUCAUCCCAAUUGUCAUCUCUCUCGCCGAAAUCGCCUACAUUGCCCUCGGCUGGAAGAUCUACAACGAGUUCGGUUGGAAAGUCUAUAAAUUCCUCGGCGCAGACAGACGGAUAAAGAAGAUGUACGCUGACUACCAAGUGUACGAAUGCUUGGUCAAGUUUGAUGUCUUCUUCUGGGUGGGGUUCUCGGUGCAGUUUAUUUGGCUGGUGUUGCAGGACAACGAUUGGGAGUAUUACGUGACGUGCGCCGCACUGCCGUUGUCAAUUGUCCUCCUGGUUGAGGGACAUCUGGCAGCGAGGUAUGAGAACAAAUGGAUGAUGGCGACGUUUAUGUGUGGAUGCGUAGGAGCUAUGAUUUAUUUCAUCUACAAGCUCAUCAGAGUACUAUUGAACCGCGAUACAGAGCAGUACCUCCUUGUGUGGAAAUCACUGACAGUGUUCUCGGUCCUUGCUAUCGCGCUUCUGAUAGCUACCUUUGUAUACUCAGUGAUCAUCCUGAGAAACUUUGGCCGAGGCCUCAAAGAUGCAUUCGCCCGCAAAGCCAAAAUGGACAACAGCCCAACGCAUCAAAAGGCAGCAAGUCGGAACCUCAACCGGAUGAGCAUAAUCUAA